AGUACUUAUUGUCCUUGAUCUUUCAGACAAAACUCUGUCCUCUUAGUCCAGAUCCCAGCAGCAUCGACAGCCAUGGCGAAGCUACUAUGGUGCUUUCUGAUCAUGAUCAGCUCUCAGGCUUUUGGCCACGAAGACAUGUCUACAAAGGUCUUUGUAUUUCCCGAAGAGUCAGCUACUUCCUAUGUGUCUCUGGAAGCAGAGUCAAAGAAGCCACUGAAUGCCUUUACUGUGUGUCUCCGUAUCUUCACUGCUCUGAGCAUAAGCCGAGGCUUCAGUAUAUUUUCUUAUGCUACCCAGAAGAGCUCUAAUGACAUUCUCAUAUUUUGGAAUAAAGAUGAAGGGUAUUCUGUUGGAGUCGGUGGGCCUGAAAUACUAUUCAAUGUUUUAGAAGUUCCUGAGGUUCCAACACACAUCUGUACCAGCUGGGAGUCUGCUACAGGGAUUGUAGAGUUCUGGGUUGAUGGGAAACCCAAGGCGCGAAAAAGUCUGCACAAGGGCUACACUGUGGAGACAGAUGCAAGCAUUAUCUUGGGGCAGGAGCAGGAUUCGUAUGGUGGUGGCUUUGAUGCACAGCAGUCUUUUGUGGGAGACAUCGGAGAAGUGAACAUGUGGGACUUUGUGCUGUCUCCAGAACAGAUCAACACAGUCUAUUUGGGUGGGACACUCAGCCCCAGUGUUUUGAACUGGCAGGCUCUGAAGUAUGAAGCACAGGGUGAUGAUGUGUUUAUCAAGUCACAGCUGUGGUCCUGACCUACUGUUGUGAGCCCUGAGGCACCUCCUGGGAUUACAUUCUCUCCCUUGUCUCCAGUUAUGAACCUUUUAACCCUAGCAGAUGUUGUAGGUCUGUUCUGUGAAUAUGGCCUUUCACAUCUCUGCUCUGCGAUCUUCAGCACUAGAGCAUGGAAUUUAAAUGUAAGGCUUCUAGCAUAUGCACUCCAAUAGGAGUCUUUGUUAAAGAGAAUUUGACUUACCCAUGGUUUUAUGCACACACACACACACACACACACACA